AACAGAAUAUGAUGGAGGGAGAACUGCUCUGUGUUCUUCUCAUGGCCGGGUUGUUCGUGGUGAUGUUGAUUCUGGUGUUGAACCAUUUGCUUCCCCUGUUACUGAAUCAUGGAGUUGCUCCAGGAGGGAACUUUGGCUGGCCUUUUAUUGGUGAGACCUUAAGAUUUUUGGUUCCACAUGCCUCUUACACUCUUGGACGUUUCCUGGAAGAACAUUGUGCCAGGUACGGGAAGGUGUUCAAGUCACAUCUCUUCUGCACACCGACGAUCGUCUCAUGCGACCAGGAACUGAACCAUUUCAUUCUUCACAACGAGGAGAAACUCUUCCAGUGUAGCUAUCCCCGUCCUAUCCAUGGCAUACUUGGCAAAUCUUCCAUGAUUGUGGUGGUUGGAGACACUCACAGGAAGCUAAGAAGCUUGGCUCUGACACUGCUGACUACCACCAAGUCAAGAACUGGAUAUCUUAUUGACAUAGGCAGGAUCGCUCUUGAAGUCAUCGCCGCGUGGAAGGGCAAGCAAAGGAUCUUCCUCUGUGAAGAGGCCAGAAAGUUCACUUUCAGAGUUAUAGUGAAACAAGUGCUUGGGAUGUCGCAAGGUGAGUCACAGACUGAAAGAAUUCUUGAAGACUUCCUUACCUUCAUGAAGGGGCUCAUCUCCUUCCCCAUUUACAUUCCAGGGACCUCCUAUGCCAAAGCUGUACAGGCAAGAGCUAGGAUAUCAUUCACUGUCAAAAACAUACUUGCUACAAGACAAAAUGGAGGAGAUUCCAGCAAGAAGGGUGACUUCCUAGAUGAAUUGCUGUCAGCUAGCAACCUAUCUGAGGAGGAAAAGGUCAGUUUUGUUCUGGAUGCUUUGUUGGGAGGCUAUGAGACAACCUCUCUUCUGAUCUCCAUGGCUGUAUACUUUCUUGGGCAAUGUCCAUCAGCUCUAGAGCAGCUCAAGUCGGAGCAUGAGACCAUUAGAGCCAACAAAAAAGAAGAGGAUUUAACACCAGAAGACUACAAGAGAAUGGAAUUUACUCAGCAUGUCAUCAAUGAGACUUUAAGAUGUGGAAACAUUGUCAAGUUUGUUCACAGGAAAGCUCUGAAGGAUGUCAGAUACAAAGAUUACUUUAUCCCAUGUGGCUGGAAAGUCCUUCCAGUGUUUAGUGCAGCACAUUUAGAUUCCUCUCUCUACAAAAAUCCUCAUGAAUUUUUCCCUUGGAGAUGGAAGAAGGAUCAGAAACAAACAACAAGCAAGAGAUUUACACCAUUUGGUGGUGGUCCAAGGCUUUGCCCAGGAUCAGAACUUGCCAAGGUAGAGGCUGCUUUCUUCCUCCACUACAUGGUACUCAACUUCAGGUGGAAGGUAGAGUGUGGAGACAUCCCCAUGGCCUAUCCAUAUGUGGAGUUCAAAAGGCAGCUGCCCCUGCAGAUUAUACCAAUAUCAUCAAAAUAUUGAACUAGCUAUAAGAGGGACAAAACAUUUCAAUGAACUGUAAUUUUUGUCAGUUCUAGAACUUCCAAGGAUUAGUUGUUUACAUUGACGUAGCAGUAGUUAGAUUAAAAACAGAGCAAAGGAAGUGAGAAAGAAAAGAUAAAGCUCUGCCUCUUAAUUUCAGUCUUGACAUUGUAAGAUGAAUAAAGCUUCAUUUAUAAAUUA